GGGCUACCAACACCAUAAACCAAAUUUUCCUACUGCUAUUUUUAUCAUAAGUUAGGUUAAGUUGUUAUGAAUUACGUAAAUAUCUGUAAAUAAGUUCUUUCCAAGGAGAUUAAACGCACUUCACUGAUGUUGCGGUCAGCAAUAACCCCCUGCGCUACGGGGUUGACUUCCAGCAAUGCUGCAAAGCUACUCGCAGGACACUUCAGCGUCACCUACAGAUUGCAAUCAACCAAACCGGAGACCAAUGUGGCAAAUAGAGAUGAGACGAAGCCGGCCGAACGUUACUACUCCCCCUUUCAAAAGACCAGCAAUCUUGCCGAGUACUCGUUUGCACGACUGGACGACUUGCUGAAUUGGGGCCGCAAAACUUCGCUAUGGCCGAUGACUUUCGGUUUGGCGUGCUGCGCGGUCGAGAUGAUGCACAUUGCGGCACCGCGAUACGACAUGGACAGGUACGGGGUGGUUUUCCGUGCGUCUCCACGUCAGGCGGACGUCGUUAUAGUAGCUGGUACGCUUACGAAUAAAAUGGCACCUGCUUUAAGAAAAAUUUAUGAUCAAAUGCCGGAGCCACGAUGGGUGAUUUCUAUGGGCAGUUGCGCUAACGGAGGUGGAUAUUACCAUUAUUCUUACUCGGUAGUUAGAGGUUGUGAUCGCAUUAUUCCGGUCGAUAUUUACGUACCUGGUUGUCCUCCUACUGCUGAGGCUCUAUUGUAUGGUGUGUUACAGUUGCAGAAAAAGGUGAAAAGGAUGAGUACAAUUAAUAUGUGGUAUCGUAAAUAAGCUCUAAAAUCUUCUAGUUGUAUUUAUUAAAAGAUGUAAUCCGUUUUGAGACUUGUGUCUCUCUAAUAAAGAUCACAUUUUUACAC